AUGAGAUUGAGGCCAUGGAUGGGAGAAAUUGAGCUUGGCCUUGUCUCCCCGGAUGCGAAUCGCUGCUUCAUCGUGGCUCGGGCAGCUUCUUCUGCUGUGCUGGACGUGCCUAGCCAGAUUCGGGCACCUUUUUGCGGGUCUCUAAUCUCCUCCGCCCAUUUUCCCCACGGCCACUGCGUUUCAUGCAUAGAGAAAAAGGUUUCCUUUCAGUUUCUUAUUCCUUUUUUAAAGGUAUACAUAGUAUAUUUUGGUGAGCACAAAGGAGACAAAACGUUGCGCGAAAUCAAAGAGACACAUCACUCAUAUAUAUUUUCAGUGAAGGAGACAGAGGAAGAAGCAAGAGCUUGCCUUCUUUACAGUUACAAGCAUAGCAUCAAUGGCUUUGCUGCAUUCCUCACCCCAGAUGAGGCUUCCAAGCUAUCUGAAUUGAAAGAAGUGGUAUCUGUGUUUGAAAGCCACCCAACAGAAUAUUCUUUACAGACUACAAGGUCAUGGAAAUUCUUAGGAUUAGAAGACGAGGAAGUGUAUAGUUCGAACCAACUUAGCAUUGGAAAAGAAACGCUCAAAAGAGCUGAAUACGGCAAGAAUGUCAUUGUUGGGGUCAUAGAUACUGGUAUUUGGCCAGAAUCAAAGAGUUUCAGUGAUGAAGGAAUGGAUUCUGUUCCAGAAUUUUGGAAGGAAAAUAAUUGCCAAACUGGAGAUGAUUUUGAUUCCUCAAACUGUAACAGAAAAAUUAUUGGAGCCAAGUACUACCUUGAAAAUUUUGAGAAAGAGUACGGCUCACUAAAUACCUUAGAAGACAGUCGGUCACCACGUGAUGUCAAUGGUCAUGGAACCCAUACAGCUUCUAUCGCUGCAGGCAAGAGUACUAAGGAUGCAACCGACAUAGGUGGAUUUGCAAUUGGUACUGCCUCUGGUGGAGCUCCAAUGGCGCACUUGGCAAUUUAUAAAGUGUGUUGGACUACACCUAAAAAAGUAAAAGCCAAUGAAUAUACUUGUUUUCCGGCUGAUGUUUUAGCAGCAUUCGACGAAGCCAUUGCAGAUGGUGUCCAUGUCCUAAGCGUUUCAAUGUCAGGGAAAACCCUAAAACGUUAUGAUGAAGACAUUUUGGCUAUUGGUUCACUUCAUGCGGCGAAGAAUGAUAUUGUGGUGGUGUCUUCUGCUGGGAACAAAGGCCCUAUGAAGGGGACAGUAACAAACGUCACGCCUUGGGUUAUCACUGUGGGUGCUAGCACUGUAGAUCGAUGGUUUUUUAGAAACCUUACCCUAGGAAAUGGCAUGCAAAUCACGGGGCAAAGUGUGACUCCACAUGAGCUGGAAAAUAUGCACCCAUUGGUACAUGCAAAAGAUGUUGAAAAUAACACUGUUGCAAACAAUGCAAAAGGUCAAUGCCUUGAUGGUUCUCUUUCACAUCAAAAGGUUAAUAGAAAGAUGGUGUUAUGCAUGAGUGGACUUGGACGAAGGACUGAAAAAUGUGCAGAGGUGAAAAGAGCUGGUGGUGUUGGUUGUAUCUUACAAAAUGAUGAAAGAAUGGGUGAAGAAGUAGAAGUCGAUGCUCAUGUGCUUCCAGCAACUACGGUAACUAAUUCUGAUGCUUCGAAAGUUAUAUCAUACAUUGAUUCUAACGAAAAUCCCAUGGCCGCUAUUGGAGUUGCAAGGACAGUGUUCCGCAGCCGACCAGCACCAUCAAUAACUGGUUUCUCAGGCAGAGGCCCAAGUGUCAUCGAUCCUAAUAUCCUUAAGCCCGAUAUUGUCGCUCCAGGAUUGAAUAUAUUAGGAGCAUGGAGUGACAAAUCAUCCCCUACAAAAGAACCGAAUGAUCACCGAAAGGUCGAAUAUAAUAUUCGUUCUGGGUGUUCCAUGGCUGUCCCUCACGUGGCAGCCGUAGCUGCCCUUCUUAAAUCAAGGCAUCCUACUUGGAGUAGCGGGGCAAUAAAAUCUGCUAUCAUGACAACAGCCUCCACGAGAGACGACACGGGUUCAUUCUUAACCGAUUAUGAUGGUCAUCAUGCAACUCCCUUUGCAUUUGGUUCUGGUCAAUUGAGACCAACAAAGGCUAUCAAUCCUGGUUUAGUGUAUGAUACUUCCUCUGAAGACUACCUUGCCUAUUUUUGUAGCGGAGGACAGAAAAAUAUGGACGCAAUGAGAAAAAUUGACCCAACAUUCAAGUGUCCAGCGAUACCAACUCCAUUAUACAAUUUCAAUCAUCCAUCACUAGCUCUCCCCAAUAUAAAAGGCCCUGUAAUAGUUAACAGAACUGUAACCAAUGUGGGAAAACUAGACAGUAUUUACAUCUUCCACUGCAAACAACUGUUUGGAUUCGAUGUGGAAGCCAUCCCCAAUACUCUAUCCUUCAACGAUAUUGAUGAGAAGAAAAAUUUUACCAUUACAGUGACUCCAAAAAGGUUUGGGAAGUCUCCUAAAGGUUUUUAUGCCUUUGGGUGGUACACUUGGACUGAUAAACGUAAUGACUUUGAGGUGAGAAGUCCCAUGGUGAUGUCUUCAGCUUAGUAGCUCACUAUGCUCAGAUGUUUUUUUUAAGUCAUGGAGCUCUCCACCUCACCGGACCAGUUGCUGCUCAUUAUCCAUGGGUCCGUUUGGGAGUGCUUUGUAUUUUGAUGCUGUGAGGCGAGGUGCUUUGAGGUAAAAAGUUGUGGUGCUGUGAGGUGAGUUCUGUUGAUAAAAAGUGUUUGGCAUGUCACAAAAAAAACUGUGGUGAGAUAUGGUGAUGUGCAAUUUAGCGUUAGGCAUGAGUAAAAUUGGGGUGAGGUGAGGUAAACUUAGGUGAAUUUUAUCUAAUUUUGAUUGAAACAUCAUUAAUUAUACAUAUUAAUAUAAAAAUAUUGUGACUGAUUCUAUUGAACUAAUAACCCUAUUAAAAAAAUUUCAACGCUUAACUAUAAUUUGCUUAAAUUAUAAUUUAAAGGCAAUUUUUUAUUUAAUAAAUAGCAAAAAACCCAACAAAAUAUCUUCACUUUCCGUGUUGCUCCUCAAGCCUUUCAAUCUUCACUUGGGUUUUACACAGCCAUGACUAAGGAUUAGGCGGUGAUUUACACAGCCUUUGAGCAGCCAUGACAAAGAUCUUCGCUUUGAGCAACCAUGAUUUUGUCGAGGCUCCAAAUUUCAUGAUAGAACACAGUAGGUCUGCUAACAAAAAUAGAUCGACAUUUCAAAUACAUAACGAUGAGAUUGUUUGUCAAAAACUGAUGUGAGUUUUCGUCGGAUUUUAUGGAAGGAGGUGGAGAAGGCAGUUCAC